UCGUGGAGCAUUUGGGGGUGCAGGGUUGGGGGGGGACAAGAGCAUCUGUGGGGUUCCUGACCCCUCCCUGUGCCACAGACCCCGCCGUGCUGAGAUGUCACCGGACGCCUGAGCCACCCACCCCUUCCCCUGCAGUGGGGACCAGCCAGCCAUGGAGACGGUGGUCAUCGUGGCCAUCGGGGUGUUGGCCACCAUCUUCUUGGCCUCCUUCGUGGCGCUGGUGGUGGUCUGCCGGCAGCGGUACUGCCACCCCAAAGACCUGCGGCACCACUACGACACCAAACCCAUCGUGGACCUGAUGGGGACCACCGAGACGCCAUCGGAGCCCUCGGAGCUGGAGUUGGACGACGUGGUCAUCACCAACCCCCACAUCGAGGCCAUCCUGGAGAACGAGGACUGGGUCGAGGACGCCUCGGGUCUGGUGUCCCACUGCAUCGCCAUCCUGAAGAUCUGCCACACGCUGACGGAGAAGCUGGUGGCCAUGACCAUGGGCUCGGGUGCCCGCGUGAAGUCCCCCGCCAGCCUGGGUGACAUCAUCGUGGUGGCCAAACGCAUCAGCCCCAGGUGACAGGGGG